AUGAACGAGGGGAUAUGUGAGAUAACUGAUGGAAACAAGGUAGAAGAGAAGCUCAUGAGUAGUUGUAGUAGGUGGAGUAAUGUAGAGGGGAAGCAGAUUUGGGACACAGUCGCCGGUGCUGAUGAGUCUCAAUGGUUGGCGAUUAGAGGUGAGCCUGCAGUUGCCAACGAGGUGAGGCCGAUGGCUGAGGAAGACGAUGAAAAAGAUGCAACGUUAGUGGAGGGUCGACAAUGGAAGAGGGUCGACGACCAGGAAAGAGCUCAAAGUGGUGGUCGGAGUGUGAGGGGAGUAGUUAGCGGUCUAUGUGGGGAGCCAGGGAUGGGAAAGAAGGAUCACCGAUUAGGGUAA